UCAAAAAGAAAAGCAUGACAGUUGAAAGUAGCUUAUUCACAGAAGAUAGUAAAUAUGAUGGCGAUGCUUCCAUAAAACGAACAGGAACAUGGAUGACUGCAAGUGCGCACAUAGUUACUGCUGUGAUUGGAUCUGGAGUGUUAUCUUUGGCGUGGGCUGUUGCGCAAUUGGGAUGGAUUGCAGGAUCUGCCGUUGUCAUGCUCUUCUCCAUCAUCACUUAUUUCACUUCUUGUCUACUUUGUGAUAGUUAUAGGUAUCCUGAUCCUGUCAAUGGAAUCAGAAACCGGACUUACAUAGAAGCUGUAAAAAAUAUUUUAGGAGGAUAUCAGCACAAGUUGUGUGGAUUGUCACAAUACACAAAUCUUGUGGGUUGUACCAUUGGUUACACACUCACAGCAUCCAUUAGUAUAGUGGCUAUAAAAAAAUCCAAUUGCUUUCAUAAGUAUGGCCAUGAAGCUGAUUGUAAUACUGCCAAUUAUCCAUAUACGGCCAUCUUUGGGAGCUUUCAGCUUUUUCUAAGCCAAAUCCCAGACUUCCAUGAACUUUCAUGGCUCUCUAUUGUUGCUGCUGUCAUGUCUUUUGGUUAUGCAUCUAUCGGCAUCGGUCUUUCCAUAGCGAAAAUUGCAGAAGGAGGACACCAUUUGGAGACAGGACUUACAGGAGUAGUUGUUGGAGUGGAUGUCACAGGUUCAAAUAAGAUUUGGAAUACCUUUCAAGCACUUGGAAACAUAGCUUUUGCAUAUGCUUUCAGUAUGGUUAUUCUUGAGAUACAGGAUACACUAAAAUCAAGUCCACCUGAAAAUAAAGCCAUGAAGAAAGCAUCACUCGUUGGAAUUUUAGUCACCACAUUCUUUUAUGCAUUAUGUGGUCUUGUAGGGUAUGCAGCAUUCGGGAAUAAAGCACCCGGAAAUUUUUUAACUGGAUUUGGAUUUUACGAACCGUUUUGGCUCGUUGAUAUCGGUAAUCUUUUCAUCAUUAUUCAUCUAGCCGGAGCCUAUCAGGUUUUUGCACAACCUGUAUUUUCCCUUGUGGAAAAUUGGGGUAUUAAGAAGUGGCCACAAAGCAAGUUGAUGAUAAAAGAAUAUAAUAUAAGAAUUCCAUUGGUUGGUAUAUGGAGAAUGAAUAUAUUCAGGUUGAUAUGGAGGACAAUAUAUGUGAUGAUCACAACAUUAAUGGCUAUAAUAUUUCCAUUUUUCAACAGCGUUGUGGGUUUGCUAGGAGCUAUAACAUUCUUUCCCUUGACUGUGUACUUUCCAACAGAGAUGUACCUAACAAGAGCUAAAGUGCCAAAGUAUUCUUCUAUAUGGAUAGGGAUAAAACUUCUAAGUGUGUUUUGCCUUAUAGUCACUCUUGUUGCCACAGUUGCAUCAGUUCAAGGAAUCAUUGCAGAACUUAUGAUCUAUAAGCCCUUCUAAUAGCUAAUUCUCUUCUACCAUUUCUUUUAAUAAACGUGUAUUUCCUAAUCAUUUAGUACUAUACGCUCGUUGCCAUUUGUUUUUUUUAAAUGGUAUGUAAAACUUGUCAUGAUAACGAAAAGGAAUGCACAUUUAUUCGCCUUU